CAUCCAGCAGGGAGUAGAGGGAUAUAGCAGGUGGCCGGGAACUCUUCGCGAUGAGCACCGACUUCCUGCAGCGAUUCCCGUCGUUUAUCUGGUGUUUGAGUCCCCCUUACGCAGUCCAACCACCAGCUCUUCUCCUACUAUAAUCAGGCCCUGGUUCAGGGGAGUGCAUUAUUCAGUCAGUGAUAAACUUAAACAGUGCGAAGAAAUUUUAGAUGUUAGUAACAAGGAUUGUGUUCUAGUUUGGGUAACAGUUCUGCAUGCAGAACAUAUAAGUGGUGAAGAGUUUAAUACCGUUCCAAUUACCAAGACCUGUUUGUUCUGGACGAUCUCCAGGUAUUUUUUGCCUUUGAGUUAAAUUACUUGACUGCAGAUCAAAGUGUCGAGUAACAUAUUUGCGUUGCAAAUAACAUUAAUAUCCAGCGGAUGGAAGAACUGGUUCAACUAGCGUGGGUGUCUAGUAGCGACUAUUUCUUUAUCUCCGGUCACUCGAAAGUCCUGUUCACCACUUCAAAAGCUUAUUGUUUUACUACUGCAGUUUGAAGUUCGUGUUCUUUGGCACAGAAUUUAUGUUAGGAUUUUAUCGAUUGAAGAAAAGCUGAAAUGAUCGUCCCAGUAAUAUUUGUCAUCAGCACAGAAUUAGCAGCAAUGAUUUCCACGUCUCGCUGAAUUAUCAAAUUAAGGUCAGGUGUAAAACUACAUUGUCAUGACAUCUGUGGGAACAAAGAACAACGGUGACCCAAAAAAUGAUAACGCAGAGAGUAAGACUGUACCCCGUGUUAGAGAUAUCGAAGUCCAGACGAAGAGCACAGAGGACGAUUUACAGAAUAAUGACUAUGGCGAUACGGACGGCAGUGGCAAUAAUCGACGUGAAUCCGAACGAGGACCUCUCGACAGGUUGCAAGUUGUAGUGGAAUGGACUAGCAAAAACAUGCUCCUGGUCCUUACCAUUACUGGAAUCCUGUUUGGCCUUGGAUUCGGAUUUCUGGGCCGCUUAGCUAAUUUUUCCCCACCAUCUAUAAUGAUUGUUAGUUUUCCAGGAGAGAUUUUGAUGAGGCUUCUGAAGAUGUUCAUUUUGCCGUUGAUAGUAUCGUCGCUGAUAGCUGGUAUGGCUCAACUCGAUGCCAAGAGUUCUGGACGAAUGGGUUUUAGAGUGCUGUCCUAUUACAUGGGUACGACCUUCCUGGCCACGAUUGUUGGCAUAGUAAUGGUCCUGAUGAUAAAACCAGGCGAUCCCAGCAUCAAAACCAGCAUUUCGACGCUAGAGGCUAAUGUCGUCACUAAAAUAUCUACCCUGGAUGCUAUAUUGGAUAUAUUGAGGAAUAUGGUGCCGGAGAACCUCGUACAAGCUUGCUUCCAGCAGGCACAAACAAUUUACGAACAAGAAAGUCCCAUCGUUUUUGAUCCGCAUCUAGAAAGGAAUCUUGGCAAAAAUCGCGAAUUCAAGCCAACAUUAGUCUACAGGGAUGGUACUAACGUUAUGGGAAUGAUAAUGUUCUGCCUCGCAUUUGGGCUUCUCGCUGGUCAGAUGGGAGCCAGGGGACGGCUAAUGGUAGAUUUCUUUGUUGUCCUCAAUGAGAUAACAAUGAAACUAGUGGGGGCUGUUAUGUGGUACUCGCCCUUUGGUAUCGCGUGUCUUAUAGCUGGCAAAAUCAUGUCGAUAGAGAAUUUAUCAGUAACAGCGGAGAUGCUCGGUCUCUACAUGGCUACAGUUAUCGCAGCUCUGAUAAUACAUGCAGUAGUCACACUUCCGCUGAUAUUUUGGUUGUUUACACGCUCAAAUCCAGCUGUGUUCUUUCGGGGUAUGAUGCAAGCAUGGGUGACAGCGCUUGGAACGGCAUCCAGUGCAGCUACACUGCCUGUGACUUUUCGCUGUCUUGAAGAAAACAACAAAAUUGAUCCAAGAGUCACUCGGUUCGUGGUAUCUGUAGGUGCCACUGUCAACAUGGAUGGCACGGCACUGUACGAAGCUGUAGCUGCGAUAUUCAUCGCGCAAAUGAACGGCAUCCCAUUAGGUAUGGGGGAAAUAAUCACGGUGAGCAUGACGGCGACUUUAGCAAGUGUCGGUGCUGCGAGUAUACCCAGUUCUGCUUUGAUAACUAUGCUGCUCGUCCUUACAGCCCUCGGGCUACCGACUGAUGACGUAUCUCUGCUUUUCACCGUUGACUGGAUACUGGAUCGAAUAAGGACAUCCAUCAAUGUCCUAGGCGAUGGUUAUGGUGCUGGAAUUGUUUAUCAUCUCAGUAAGACGGAACUGGAUAAAAUGGAUGUGGAAAGAAAAUUGGAUGACCUUGAAUCUGGGAGUGCUCCGGAAGCCGAAGAAAUGCUUUCCUCCAAAGGCUUACUCCUCGAUUCCGCAGGAAGCGUAGAGAUCCAUGUGCAAAUUAAUCAAUGAUUACAUUAGUGAUAAAAUUCGCUGCUCUCUUUAGAAUAUAUAGGAUUAUAGAAGCAGCCAAGAUAACCAGAUCCAUAACUUUGAUUAUUAAUUAUCUUCCAAAAUGAGAGAUUUCGCAUAGUACUUUGGUUUAUUGCAUGCACCCUGUACAAAAUUCACAUGAGCAUCAAGAAUUGCCAACUCUGUUAACAUCAAGUUUGUUGUAUACUUGAUACUCAGGUGUAAGCAACACCGUACUAAGUAGGUGAAGAGUAACGGCAUAAAUACGUUUAAGUGUGAAAACAUUUACAAUAAAAAGUUACAUUUAUUUUAAAUAA